GUGCGGAAGUAUCUUGCGAUGCAGACGCGCAAAAAACAGCUCUCAGACGGAAAGCAUCGAGUCUCUUCCGGUGUAUUAUUUUCAUUUUUCAUUCGGAGGCUUUACUUUAUCAACCCAAUCCCCUGUGGGACGGUCGCCAAACAUCUUUCCCUUUGACGAAGGGCAUUCCUCGUCUCUCUCUCUCUCUCUCUCUGUGAGUCUCUCUCCCUCUCUCUCUGUGAGUAGGUUCAGGUGCUGCUUGUGUAGGGGAGUGGAGGAGGACAUAGAAGCAGAGAAUGGCUGAAGCAAUUAGCGAAGAGAAGGCUAUUGUUGAACAAUCAGCCAGUUUUACUGAUAAAAAGAAAGAAAAAACUACAAAUCGGCAAAGAAAGGGGAUUCUAUCUCGCAUUUGGCAUGCAAUCUUUAGUAGGGGGCGUAAUGACUUUGAGAAGAAGUUACAGUAUUUGUCAAAAGAAGAGGCGUCUGUUCAUUCAAGGAUGAAGAAGAGAGCUCAAACUUGGAGAUCCAUGGCAAGGAACCUUAUAGUUUACUCAGUGGUUCUGGAGGCUGCUGCUCUGUUUUAUGCAAUCAUGACAACAAGAUCAGUGGAUCUUAACUGGAAGAUGAGAGCUUUAAGGGUGAUGCCUGUAUUUGCUGUGCCUUUUCUAGGGGCUGCUAUUUAUUCAACACUUUCCAGCUACAAAAGAAUGCGUGAUCGCAGUGAUCAGAAAACUCUUGAAAGAUUACGUGCUGAGAGACAAGCAGAGAUUGAUGAGCUUAAGGAGAGAACAAACUAUUAUAUUACUCAACAGUUGAUACAGGUAACAAUGCGAGGCAUUAGCUUGGCAUGGGUUUGUAGCUUUUAUGACCGUUUUUAUUAUUGUUCUCAAACAUCAAACCAUGCUAAUUAUCUCAAAAUGCAGAGAUAUGAUACAGAUCCUGCAGCAAAAGCUGCAGCAGCUACUGUUUUAGCUUCAAAACUAGGUGCAGAUUCUGGCCUGAAGGUAAUGGUUGGAGAUGAACCAAAGCUUGAUCUUCCACAUGGAAAAAGCAGUGAUAUCGAGGUGGUCCAAUCCACUGGCCUUCGCAACAGGAAGGCACCUCACUUGAGGAGUAACAGUGGGGGAAGUGUUGUGUCUCAAGAUGCUCAUGAAGAAACACCAAGGAUGUCUGACAUUGGUGGGCAGCAAUUUAGUCCUCAAAGCCAAGCAAUUGCUGUGACUCAUCAUCAAAGAUCCACUGCCAGUGAUGGAGGAUGGAUUGCACGCCUGGCAGCAAUGCUUGUUGGUGAGGAUCCGACACAGUGCUAUGCCCUUAUCUGUGGCAACUGUCAUAUGCACAACGGACUAGCAAGAAAGGAAGAUUUUCCUUACAUAACUUACUACUGCCCUCACUGCCAUGCUCUAAACGGUUCUGGCAAGCAAGACUCACCGACUGCUGAUUCAAGUUCUAAAGGGAUCAGCUCACCUCAUUCUGAUGAUGGCCAAAGUAGUGCUAGUGCAGGUACACUGUUGGAGGGCAAGGUCAUUGAUAACUCUCUAGACUCACUAGAAGCUGCAGGAAUGAGUAAGGUUGAGCAAUCUGAUGUACCGGCAUCUUAAACCCAUGUAUACAAAAAGAUGAGCUUGAUAUGUACCAGUAGAGGACACAUACCAUUUUUUCCCUUAGGGUUGCUUCCAUUGUAUCUUUCUGAGAGCAGGAAAGGAUAGUUUGUGGUGGUUAAAAGAACCUUUUCUGAGUUCCAUAUCCAUGUCAAGGUUGUUCUUGACUGUUGUAAAAUCUCUGUGCUUAAUGAUUGAGGGCAUUGUUUAAGAUC